UGGGACUUGAGAGAAGUGAGAAGUUCACGCAGAGAGAGUGAUGAGACCCGUGAUGAGAACACGCUCCCAGCUGAUUCCUGCGUGACUCCCGUGCGUGGCCCCUGCACCCGCACCUGCGACCAGCUGCCUCAUUAACGCAUUAACAGGUGCGCUUCCUCCUCCUGCUCCUCCUCCUCCUCACCUGUCGGCAUGUACAGCCUGAUGGAGCACGAGCUGAAGCCCCAGCCCGGCAUGAGCGGGCCCCUGAGCGGGGGGCCCCUGGGCGGGGGCCCCCACCACCCCAAGGCGGCGGCGGUGGCCCCCGGCUCCGACCCCAUGGACAAGGUGAAGCGGCCCAUGAACGCCUUCAUGGUGUGGUCCCGCGGCCAGAGGAGAAAGAUGGCGCAAGAAAACCCCAAGAUGCACAACUCCGAGAUCAGCAAGAGACUGGGCGCGGAGUGGAAGCUGCUGAGCGACGCGGAGAAGCGGCCGUUCAUCGACGAGGCCAAGCGGCUGCGGGCCGUGCACAUGAAGGAGUACCCGGACUACAAGUACAAGCCGCGCCGCAAGACCAAGCCCCUGCUGAAGAAGGAGCCGCCGCACCACCAGGCCAAGUACCCGCUGUCCGCCGGGAACCUGCUGGCGGCCGCGGCGGCCGUGGGGUCGCAGGGCCCCGGGGGCGGGGGCCCCAGCCCCAGGGUGGACGGCUACGGCUGGGGCCCCGCGGGGGGCGGGUACCCGGGCAUGCAGGGCGACGCGCUGGGCUACACGCAGCAGCUGCACCGCUACGACCUGUCGGCCCUGCAGUACUCCCCCAUGGGGGCCCAGGGCUACAUGGGGGGAGCCAGCUCCUACAGCCCCAUGUCGUACAGCAGCAGCCCCCAGCAGCCCAGCCCCGUGUCCAUGCCCAUGGUGAAGGCGGAGCCGGGGAGCCACUCGGCCUCCACGGGCACGGCGGCCUCCCACCGGGGGGCGCUGCAGGGGGACCUCCGGGACAUGAUCAGCAUGUACAUCCCCGGGCCGGGAGGGGAGGCCUCGGACCCGGCGGCGGCCCAGCGGAGCUACGGCAGCGUCCAGCAGCACUACCUCACCGGGACGGUGCCGCUCACCCACAUCUAGGCCGACCCACCCGGGAGUCGUGGGAGGGGACCCCAGCUUCCCUCCGCGUCCUGAGGCAGUUUCCCCACGUUGAGCGGAGCUGCAGAGGCGUCGGCUGGUUCUGUGUCCCGGCGUCAUCAUCACCAUCGUCACGAGCGGCUCAAGUACUGGUCCUGCUGGGUCAGCGCCGGCCCCUGAUCCCGAGUUUGGCUCAAACUCCCGUUGCACAGUUGGCUCCGCGUUGACCAGACAGGAAGUGGACUCUGUGACUCCUUCUGCAGCCCGCUGGGUUCUGGUUCCGGUUCCUCAGAGAUGUGCUGCUGCUCUUGCCGCCUGUAGUUCUUGUUUGCCAUGUUUAGUUGUAGAUUUAAGCCGUUUGUGUUCGCGUGCGCUGUCCUGCAGCUGUUUUAGUCUUUUCACUGAGUUUUGUUCCGUAGCAGGAGCCUCCGGACCGACGCCGGGUCUUCAGGAGGUUCCUUUCUUGUUUUUAAUCAACUUUGUUGCCGAAACCCCGUGGUGGCGGGUUGCUGCUCCGCCGGUCUUGGACUCUUGAGUGUGGUCACCUGUUCUGGCCUGCGGACGGAUGCCAGAUGUAUUUUUCUAAACCUUUUCUAGCGCCGGAACAUGAAUGUUUACAGGAAGUGUACUUUUCUACUGAAGUAUUUUAGCGCAGACGUUGAUGUACAUGCUGCCUUGUAGAGUUCCUCCGUGUAAAUACUGUUCAUAUUUCAGGCUCUUACACUAAGAGUUUGACUUUCUUUUAGAAUAAACCUUUUUAAUGACACUCAUGAGCAGAACGUGUUAAUAAAGU